UGAUACGCCUACCUGAGACACCUAUAUGCUUUGAAUCUCUCGAACUAUUGAAAACAAAUACAAAUCGACAACCGAAACAUAAGUAAUGGUUUGAAGUUCUGGACCCUGUAAAAAUGGCGAAAGUGAUCCCAGAGGAAGUAAAUGUCUUUUACAUACCACAUUUACGUAUGAAACAACUUGUUAAACGGUAUUCAGAAGAGAUACAAAGGACUGAUUUCACAAGCAGUGUAGCCCUCCAGUCAUUACUUCGACACCUACACGAUACAUUUGUUGAGGUUAAGUGUCAUGAAGAUAUUGAAGACAACAUCAUACUGGAAAAACUACAAAAACGGCUGAAGUCACAUCGCGUGGAUAAUGUGACUGUUUGUGAUUGUCAUUCAAACAGCCAAAUUGGUCAGAUGAUGGCUCUGAUUGAUGAUGGAAUAGCUGUGAGAAGCAGGUCUUCAGAGGAUUCCAUGGCUUUCGGUAUGAGAUUACAGCAGGCGCUAAAUGACUUCACUUCUACCUUUUUGCCACAUAUGGAACAAGAAGAGGAGAUUUUUCAGCCUCUCUUGGUAAAACACUUUGAAUACAGUGAACUGCAGAGUAUUCAGCAGCUUGUGAUAGUGAAGCAUUGUGCACUUACUAAUAAUGUAAUCUAUGAGACAUUACAUACAGGCUUGUAUUCAGAAGAUGAUGAGCUGUGGGUGAUGGAAAAGCAGUCAGGAGACGGUAAAAGAAUGGCGUAUUAUGAGUGCAUCAGGAAUGAAUUGAACAGUGCAGUAAGCCAGCAUGCUGUUUUUGAACACUUGCAGUCUUUUAUGGGUAAUAGCAUUUACACAGGACAUGGCAGUCCAGAUGAAGAGACUGCUAGUGUAGUGAUGACCCAGGACUGCACAGGGGGGCCCACAUUCAUGGACAUACCUGACCUAGCAGUAACAAAAAUUUUCUCAUACCUGGACCCUCCUGAUCUUGGACGUUGCGCUCAGGUGUGCUGGGAAUGGAACAAUCUAGUAUACCAGCCUUGCCUGUGGAGGAGGGUGUGCCCCACUCAGUGGGCUGUGGGUCUGUGGCGGUAUGAGAAGAACUGGAAUGCUGAGCAACACAGGAUUUCAGUACUACAUGGUCGCAGACAAAAUGACUAUUCAGUGCAAGGAAUUAUCCUGCAUGAUUUGCCAUAUUUUGGUUUGGGAAUUGUAGAGCCAGACGAUUCAGUGUUGUUAGAUAUUCCACAUGCAUAUACAGACCUGGUUAAUAGGUUCCAGUCUGAAUUCAGGAUAAUUUCUGGGUUAUUGAGGUUUGUCCUUUGGCGUGUGGGGUCAGGUGUCAAAGAGCUCAACCUUGGUGCAUCUUGUGUUUUAAACGAUAUGAUUCUGAAUCUGUUUAUGCUCCAGUGUCCCAAUAUUGUUUGUCUGGAUGUUAGCUACACAGCACUCUCCUUCAAGGCAUUCCAUGGCCUGAAGGGGAAUGGUAGCUGCAGGCUCCUGACCACAGUAAGCUUCUCAGGAUGUGAGAAUUUGGAAGACUCAGCAAUCAUAUCCCUAACAAAAUGCUGGGAAAAUGAGCCAGAGGAAUUUAAUGAUGAAUUAAUAGACAGAGACAUGCAAAGAAACUUGUCUUCUGUUUUAGUCUUGUCAACACUCUUGACUGAGAAGGAACUUUUGAAGUCACUAAUUGGCAUUUCUGAUAGAAGAAUGCAGUCAGGCACUGGAAGAGAUGAUGAAAUGCUUGUGUCUAUACCGUACAUUGAGUGCAGAAAAAAGGCCAGGGUGUCAGGGCUGCAUUCCUUGAUUCUUUCAGGCUGCCACAAGCUUACUGAUAAGAGUCUCGAAGAAUUAAUUAAAUCAAGUACGUUCACACAAAAGCUCAGAUUACUGGACAUGAGCGGCUGUUUCCGAUUCACAGCACGCAUGCUAAAUAACCUAGUAAAUAAAUGUCCUAUCCUCAGCCCCGAAUAUCUCUUUUAUUGUGACCAUAUAACAGGUGGUCCCUACAGCAAUGAAGCAAAUGGUUGCAACAAUCUUCAGAGUGCAAAACGAGCAUGCUGCAUACCACCUGAGUGAGUGGUUACCAAUAUGGCAGAGGAACCUUCCAGAUCCAUCUUUAGGGUUUAUGUUACUGGGAAUUACAGUAUUAAUCCAAUGAAGUAUUUAAACUGUUACACUGAAAACACACUGCAGUUAAUCCAGAAUAAAAUUAAAAAUAAAUAUAUAUUAUUCUUCUAAAUUUGCUUCCAAUAAAGGAAACUGCUGCUGCUAAAAUAAUGC